CACCAUUCGAGGCGUCCGGAAGGAAAAAUUGAGAUUUCCCAGUGGAUUUUUCUAAACUCAGUGGUAAUAUUUCACUUUUAUAGAGUAAGUCAGACAAAAAGUGGUAAACUCAAUAGAAAAGUGAUAUUUCUAGUUUUCUUUUUCUGCGAUGUGGUAGAAGGAUUUUGGUCUUGAGGGAAAGAGGAAAAGUGAAAAGUGCCUCAAGAAGUGGAGUGUAGAAAAAGAAACAGUGUGAAAAUGUGGAUUGAUCGUGUUAAGGACUUUCUGUGGAUUAUUCUUCUUGUUUCAACCAUUGGUUAUACGAAUGGUCAACACUUUGACUGCGAACAACCACCCGAAGUAGAAAAUGCUUCCUCAAAAUUGUCCGUAGACGAUGCCGAGGAUAGUGUGUCUGCCAGGUACACCUGUGAUCCGGGUUUUGAGCUCCAAGGCGAGCCCGAUCUUUUCUGCGAUUUGGAUACGGACGAGUGGCAGGGACAGCCCCCCAUCUGCAAACCAGCUGACGAUGCCAGGGCGUCUGAGGAGACAGCGCACGACCACCAGCAGCAGAGGAAGAAACAUCGCGGGCACAACAUCCAAGAAGAGACCGCGAUCGAUGAUGAUUUAGCGAGUGUGCUUGACCUGUCGUGCAUGGGAGGUCAGGGCGCCGUGAAGCCGCCGAACAUUGAGAAUGCGUACGUUGUGAAGUUCAACAGACGAAAGAAGGGUGACAAUAUCUUUCUAGUGGCUUUCUACGAAUGCGAAGACUACCAUGAGCUGAAGAAUCCCCACGUGGACAGACUCUAUUGCAGUAGACAGACGUGGGUGGGUGAGAAGCCGGAAUGCCAAUAUGUGGAUGAUGGUGAAGAUGAGGAAGAUGAAGACUACGAUGAUAUGAGGUAUGAUGAUGAAAUUAGUCAAGAAAUUAACUCCCACGAGGUGAUCCACCCAGAACAGGAAGAGGAUGAAGAGGAGUAUGACUAUGAGAAUGGAAGUCAUGAGAUCCCGGAGGACAAGCACGAGCCAGAGCACCAUGAAGAAGCUUCAGUUACCUCAAUAGUCGAAGAGCUGCCAACAGUAGCCCCCACAACUGCUCCUCCUGUAGAAUCGACCACUCCCUUUGAUCCCAACUGUGGUCCAGACCGUGGUGGAUGCGACCAUGAGUGCCGGAGGGUGCAACUGGAUGAAAAUGAAAGCCAUGUUGAGUGCUCGUGUUUCCCAGGUUACGAACUCAACGUCCGGGAUGGACGCAGCUGCACCGAUAUCGACGAAUGUGCGAUUAGAAAUGGAGGCUGUGAGCAACACUGUCAAAAUGUUGCAGGAUCUUAUGAGUGCUUCUGCGAAGUAGGUCUACAGAUUGAUCCCUCUAAUGGACGUUCGUGUAUUGAUAUAAAUGAAUGCUUGGAUGUUGAAAUCGCUGCACAGUGUCUGCAUGGAUGCGAGAAUCUUCACGGAACCUAUAGAUGCCAGGAACCUCCAACAACAACCACUGAAGCUCCCCUGGCACCAGUUUCAGAUCCUGCUCCUGACAACCAGGAGAGGUAUCAUGAGGAAGAUGAUGCUUUGAGAGGGGAUCACAGGAGAGAGGAAGAUGAAUACGAAGGACCAGAGGGUGAGGAUAACUAUGGAGAAUAUGAAGGGGAGAGCAAUGAAGUGGAACAGGCUCCACCAGUUCCCGAGGAGCAUUCCUGUCCAGAGGGUUUCUAUAGAAAUGGAUAUGGCCAAUGUGAAGACAUUAAUGAAUGCGAUGAUCCUCAACAAGGAGGAAGAUGUCCUUAUGGUUGUGAAAAUAUUGAAGGCAGUUAUUUCUGUACAGAGCCUCCUGAAGUAUCUUCAGAAGCUGCCCCUGUUGAGGAAGUUCCCGAAGUUAGUCCUGAAGAACAUCUCCCGGAAGAAGUACCUUCCUGUGGUGAUGGUUUCAGGAGGAAUUCUGAAGGAUAUUGCGAAGAUAUUGAUGAGUGCCAAGAGACAGCCACCGGCUGUAAUUACUGCAGAAAUGUCCAUGGUGGAUUUGAAUGCUAUUGUCCAGCUGGAUAUGAACUUGGAGAAGAUGAAAAAACUUGCCUGGAUAUCAAUGAGUGCGAGAUUUACUCUCAGGGAACCAAUGAAGUUGAUGAAUCCCGUACUCUUUGUUCUCAUCUCUGUGAGAAUACUCCAGGAUCUUAUGCUUGCCUCUGUCCCGAAAAUCACCAUUUGGAUUAUGACAAGAGGACCUGCGUCUGGGAUUCAUGUGCAGACCUAGCCCAAUCUGGCAAAACUCCUUGCUCACACAAUUGUUUGGAUGAUGGAGAUGGUCAUUUUGCUUGUCAGUGUCCUUCAGGUUUCGCUCUCAGUGCAGAUCAAAAGACUUGUGUUGAGAUCAUGGAUCCGUGCUCCGGACACUCAGCUUGCUAUCCGGGAAGGUGCUAUCCGGUUGAAGAUUAUUCAGGCAGUCAUUCUUUCCGCUGUGAUUGCCCUGAAGGAUUCAGUGAGAAACACCAGCAGUGCCUGGAUAUUGAUGAAUGCGCUACUGGAAGUCAUUCUUGUACUCACGAGUGUCGAAAUCGAGAAGGUGGUUAUGAUUGCGUCUGUCCAUCAGGAUUUGAACUUGCUGAAGAUGAAGCAACAUGUCUAGAUGAAGAUGAGUGUUCCAAAGAGCAUCCAUGUGGUCAAUUGAAUUGUGUCAAUACCCAUGGAAGUUACAAGUGCAUUUGUCCAGAAGGGCAAGAACUUCAUGCGGACGGUGUUACUUGCACGACUGUCGAUAAAUGUGCUCAAGACAAUGGUGGAUGUUCUCAUCAGUGUAAUUUCCACUCUGGUGUUGUUUUCUGUUCCUGUCCAACUGGAUUCGAACUGGCUACAGAUGGAAAAUCUUGUGUGGAUGUUGAUGAGUGUGCUGAUCAUUCAAGAGGAGGAUGUGAUGUAAUAAAUGGAGCUUGUAUCAACACUCCAGGAUCUUAUAACUGUAUUUGCAGGCCUGGAUACCAUUUGGAGUCUGACAAUCGUACUUGUAGGUCUGCAAAUCCUUGCGAAAAUGCCGGAUGUGGUCACUACUGCGAUAUCAGUGAUCAACGUGAAGCCAUUUGCUCAUGCAGAAUCGGAUUCAAACUCGAUCGUGACAGAAAGUCCUGUCUGGAGAUCAAAGACCUGUGUCCACCAAUCAAAACUCCUCAGCAUGGAGAGAUGCGGUGCUCCCGUUCUCGUCAUCCAACGCAACUAUUCUACAGAACUCGCUGCAGCAUGUGGUGUGAUAAGGGCUACAAACUCGAUGGGCCUUCCGUUCGAACUUGUAAUGGAUCUGGAUCUUGGGAUGCUGAAGAACCCGUUUGUGUUCCACGUGCUUGUCCUCGUCUGCCACGUCCUCAAUUCGGAACUAUCUUUCCGACAUCUUGCAUGCUGAAUGGAUCUUCUGCUGGAGCUAGGUGCCUAUUGCACUGUUUCCCAGGCUUCAAACCAGCUGGAAAGCGUUCAGCUCUUUGCGAUGCCCAACAAAAUUGGAUUCCUAGUGGAGAACUCACUUGUGUUUCCGCCUUGGAAGCUGAGAAUAGGGUAGAAAUUGUGAGACCUUUCAUUAGGUGCCCUGAAGAUGUAACAGUAAUUGCUCCAAGAGGUCAGACUGCUUUCAAUAUUCGCCUUCAGAGACCCCAGACAAAUGUUGACUGGUGGAAGUAUGUUGAUACUCAUCCUGAGUGGGCUAAGCAUCUUGAAGGAACGGUACCAGUGGGAGUUACCGAAGUCACAUUUAGAGCCCGUAGUCCUAAUGCCAAUCUCAAUGAAAUUUGUCGAAUGAAGAUCACAGUGAAGGAACAAGAACCUCCAGAAGUGACCUUCUGUCCAGAAAGCUUUGUGGUUCAACUAGAAGAAGGUGAGACCGCAAAGCAAGUGUUCUGGAAGGAGCCUGUCUUUACAUCUCACAGCCAUCUUAAGCAGAUUUACAAGUCUAGACAACCCGGAGAGAGAUUUGCUCCAGGAGUUCACUUUGUCAGCUACGUUGCGACUGAUUUUGAGGGAAUGAGUUCAAAGUGCACAUUCAGAAUUAUGGUCAAAGAGCCCGUGGCAGAAGCACCAAAAGCUGUCCAGUUUAUCCCCACUCAGAAAGCUUCAAAGCUUCUGGACAAUCAUGAGUCUUUCCUGGUGUGUCCAGGAAAGGCUGCGGUGAGAAUUGAUACAAACUAUCCUCUGCAUCUCCCGCCUGGCUGUUACGUCAAGAACAUCCUUAUUCGUUACAAUGUCAUUAGGAAGCCACCGCAGGAGCAGCUUCAGGAAAGAAUGCCACCCAGGACUUUCCAUAGAUCCUUCCAUCACCAACCUGUGGGACAAUUCCCUCUGUGGCCUCAUCAAAACACAAGUCCUCUACGUCACUAUCAUCGCUGGGGUUUUCCCCAAUUUGAGCGUGGACGCUGGAACUAAAAAAAACCAUGGAGCAGGAAGAUAUUAAGACUCUGCAACUUCUACCUCCUUUGAGUUUUUUUUAACCUUGUACCGAUAAAUGCAUUUUAACAGACUAAUUACUUUUUUGAAAUACUCUCACACACACUCUUAGCCUCUUUUUAAUCCUAUGAUUAUACGAUUAUCUUAAUACUCACACAAGUUUUUCUCAGCUGGUGAUCAUCAUCGCAUCUAAUCUCUAUUUUAUUUUAGUAUAGUUUUUAAAUACGAGAAGAAAAUAAAAAGAAAAUAUUCGACAAAAAAACACAUAUAUUUAUAUUUAUAAUCUUCUCGCUAAAAGUUCCUUCGGAAGUGUUCUCUUUUGUGAAAGAAGGGAUGAUUGUGAAUAAAGUUACUAAUGAAACAUG